AGUAAGAUACGAAGUUUUACAGAAUGAGGAAGUUUACAUUUUUGGUAAUUUUAGCUACAUUGUGCGCUGUGGGUCAUUCCCUUGAAGUGAAAUCAUGCUCAUCAUCUCUAAAAGCUCCAAAAAGUGUGACUUUCAAAGGUUGUGAAAAGAUGCCAUGUAAAUUCCGUAAAGGCAGUGAUUUAACAGCAGAAAUCAGAUUUAAAGCUAGUGAGACGACUAAAACUUUAACUCCACAAUUGUCUGCAAAAGUUUGGACCCUCAAAGUUCCAAUUAAUCUACCGGUAGAGCAUCAAAAUGGAUGUGCUCACUUGAAGGAAGGAAAGUGUCCAUUAAAUGUUAAUGACGAAGCCGUUUAUUACGUCGAAGCACCAAUUAAGAGCAGUUAUCCAUCAAUGAAGACAGAAAUUGAAGUCAAUUUAGUUGGUGACAAUAAAAAGUCUCACAUGUGCUUCAGAAUUGAUGCUCAACUUGUCUAGUUAUUAUUUUGGGGGAAAAACUACUUAUCUAAGCAAAAUAAAAGAUAAUAAAAUCGAACAAACUAUAAUAUUAAAAAUUAUUACUUGGUCUUGCUGCCUCUUGAUGAC